CAUUAAGGGCAUCGGGAAGAGAUCAAGAUCGGUAUAGAAGGCUUAAAACUCCUGCAGUUUUCAUUCAUGCCAGGAGCGAUAUCGAGUACAUUACCUGAAGCGGCAGUCACCGAGUCUCAUGCCCAGCAUCUGGUGUCCAUCUCUUCUCAUAUUGCUAGUGGAGUCGCUGAGGUCUAGUCCACUAGACACAAUAGUUGGCCUUGGUCUUUCUCUGAUCAGUGUACUUAGUCCCGUUGCACACUCCGUCAUAAUGUUACAGGCACGCACGUGGAGGACAAAAUGACAAACACUACGUAUUUCGUCGCCGCCAACUCAUUGUCAACUAACUUCUGAGCUAAACUGAUUUCGAAGGAUCCUGAAAAUGGGUGGUUUUCAUGCCUGGUGUUCCUUCCCUGCAGCACCUUUUGCUCAGAAGCUGAUAUUAAACGCAUUGAAAGAGAACUUCCCAAUGGUCACGAUCUCGUCAUCCGACACCAUUCCCUCUGAUUAUCGGACAACUUCCUCGGAUUCGUGUCGAUCUCCUUUCCUUCAAUGGUGCACCUACGACUCCCUGGAUCAUGAGCUUACGUUACGAGACCCCGUAUCUACAUUGGCUUCUUCGUACACGAUACGCAAAUCUCUGACUUGGGCUAUAGAUAUCUCUUUCGUGGAUGAGCUUGAUGAAAUGUGGAGCGACGAACUAUGGGAGCUCGGUGAAAUCCUGGAUCAAAAUGACAGUAGUUUAGAAAUGUCCGACAGGAAGUGGUUCAUCCUAAAGCCUUCUAUGAGCGAAAGGGGGGUUGGUAUCCGCCUGUUUAGCAGCAAAGAAGCCCUCCAACGGAUUUUCUGGGAUUUUGAUUCUGAAUCCUCUGAUGAAGAAACAGGCAGGACAAUAGACGGAAUAAGCAAACGAGUUCCUGACGGUGGGGACAAGAUCAUCGCAUCGCAGCUCCGCCACUUUGUAAUACAGGAAUACCUGGAUAAACCUCUCUUAAUGGAUCCCACGGAAGCCAAUGCUCUCAGGGAUUCACCCCUUCCACGACAUCAUCGACCUACUAAGUUCCACCUUCGUGUCUACUGUGUUGCCUCAGGCGCAUUGACUCUCUUUGUCGACGAGAACAUCCUCGUUCUGUUUGCCGGAAGCCCAUACGAACUGCCGUCCAGUCCGAAUGGAGAACAAGAUGUUGAUCUAAAGGCGCAUCUCACUAAUACAUCCUGGCAGAAGGUUACAUCGGAAAAUCCAGACCCUAACCGCAAUGUGCGGACGCUCCAAGAAAUGAUUGGCUGUCGGAUUUUAUCUGGACCGCCCUCAAAUAGCUUUGAGCACUCUUGCCUCUCGGAGGAGAAUGUGCAAGAUAUCAUUGAUCAAGUUUGUGAAAUUCUGGCAGACGUGUUCCGAGCAGCGCUUGAGACAUCAGUCCAUUUCCAGCCCCUUCCUAAUGCCUUUGAGCUUUUCGGUGCCGAUUUACUCGUUACACACAAUCUCUCGGAGAACGGCAAGACAAGGUCCCCGUUCUCAGUGAGCAUCUUAGAGCUCAAUGCAGAACCGGCCAUUGAGAUGACGGGUGCUCGAUUGAGCUGGAUCUUGGAGCAUCUGUUCUUUGGCAUCUGCCAGACUUGCGUCGCGCCAUUCAUUGACCGGUCUUCGAGGAAGAAAAUGACGUGGAGAAUCGGAGAAACAAUGCAUGGGUUGAGGAAGUGUCUUGAAGUUGAAAUUCGAGGAACCAAGGGCUGGUAG